GUCUCCCUGGUAACGCUUAGGCUACAACAGCCGUGCAGAAGGCUGAGGCAAAGUCAGAGGCUGACCCGCGGUGGUGAGGCGAAAGCCCUAUAAAACCAGUUGCAGGAUGGCUUAUACUCAAGCUGAAUGUGUUAUAAAGAAUAUCAUUCGAGAAAUAGGACAAGAAUGUGGACAGUUUGGAGAAACUCUUGCCGAAACUCUUGUGGCUUUUAUGGUGAAAGCUGUGGUUUUGGAUCCAAGCAAUGGUUUCAACAUGGAUCGAAACCUCACCAGAGCUGAUGUUCAGAAACUUGUUAAGUUAUGUGUUAAUAGACUACUGGACAAAAAAAAUCCAUCUCUGGACACAAUUAAAAUGCAAGUUUACUUUGAUAUGAAUUACACAAACCGAGGAGAGUUCCUUGAUGAACAUCAUCGAGUCCUAGAAUCCAGAUUAGGCAUCGUUAGCAGAGAAAUCACAGAUAAUCGGGCCCGUACUCGAGAAGAAUUAGAGAGCCUUUACCGGAAGAUUGUUAGCUACAUAUUACUGCGUUCUGGUCUUGGAUCACCUACCGAUAUCAAAGUUGUUAGAGAGGCAACAGCUGCUCUACAGAGUGUUUUUCCACAGUCUGAGCUUGGCACUUUUCUGUCUCUUUCUAAGAAGGACAAAGAGCGCCAGCUGAAAGAACUCUCUAUGAUUGUCACUGGAAUUCGGUUAUUCAACAAAGAUUGUGGAAAGGGAGGAGAAGGCAUUGAUGAUUUGCCUGCUAUUCUGAAUGAAGCUAUUCCAGCCACCACCCAACAUAUUGAUGCACAGCUUCAAACUUCUCAGGAAGAGGCCUACCAAUACACAGCAAUCUUGGAGAAAUUGUUAGAGAACCCACUUAAAAUGAAAGACGUUGAAGACUUAAAGAUAAAAGAAGCCCUGUUUAAUUUGAGACAAUAUGAGAUUUUCCUUAAUAUAAUUUUGUCUGACAUAAUUACCUGUGCACAAGAAGUUGAAAUGAUGAUAAAGCAAUUAGGAGCACAAAUGGAACAAUUAAAAAUGACUGUACAAGCAAAGACUGCUGUACCAACAUCACAAGUCUAUCCUAUAUUUAUUGCGCUUUCUAGCUUAUGGACCAGCUUUCAGGAUGAAACUGUAUUACUUAGUGUUCUGAGUAAUUUAACCACUCAACUUGCACCAUUCUUAGGAUAUCAUGAAGAGCUCUUCAAUACAGAAAUUAUCCAAGAACUUCUUGAAGAAGUGGAAAUAAAAAGUGAUGUGUGUAGGAUAAAGGAAAGCAUGGGAACCAAAGUAAAUAUAAAUGAUUUCAAAAAGUUAGAUUGGAUUUUCCCAGAAACUACAGCAAAUUUUGACAAAUUGCCAAUUCAAUACCGGGGAUUUUGUGGUUACACAUUUGCUGUAACAGAUGGUCUACUUGUUCCAGGAAAUCCAGCUAUUGGAAUUUUGAAAUACAAAGAUAGAUAUUACACUUUUAAUUCCAAAGAAGCUGCAUAUACUUUUGCAGAAAAUCCAAAUAAAUACAUUGAGUUAAUUGGAGAAAAGGCAAAAAAGUGUGCAGAACUAAUCCAGCUUUUGGAACUUCAUCAGCAAUUUGAAACUAUGCUUCCUUAUCCUCAGGUCAAAAUUAUCGACAAACAUAUAAAACCAAUAACAAGGUGUGAAAGUAGCACACAGACAGAUACACAUAUAUUGCCACCAACAAUUAUAAAAGAUUAUGAAUGGAACGAAUGGGAGCUGAGAAGAAAAGCUAUAAAACUGGCUAAUUUGCGGCAGAAACUCACCCACUCAGUACAAACCAAUCUUAGUCAUAUGAGAAGAGAUAAUGCAACACAGGUAUACCCAUUAAAGACAAAAGGAACACAAACCAAGCGAGAAGAUGGAACCAAAGUACCCAAGCCCCAGAUUUAUAUAGCUGGUCUCCGAGGCAACUGUAUGUCAUCACUGUAUGCAGUCAAAGUAAACUUAACAAGAGCUGUUGAUGAAACCUAACUGGGAAAUAUAUUUAAAAACUUGACAUCAUACUAUGACUUCUAGUAAAUAUUCAAAAUCAAUUACACACAUAUAUAAGUAGGUAAGUUUGGGGCAUCAAUUAUUAUUGGAUAAUAUAUUUAUUAGAUUUUCAGCUACAUUCAUUCACUAUAAAGCUAUGUAACUAGAAAUUCAGUUUUUUUUCCUGUAACACAUUUGUCAUUCUAUUAAAAUGGAAAACAAAA